UUUCACCCAAGAUACAUUUAUAUUGAUGUCAGGCAAGCUGGAGGCAGUAGUAAAGAUCCUGAAGCUGUGCCGGCACCUAGUGAUCUCACCAAGCUGCAAACAGCAUUAAAGAAAUGGCAAGGGCAGUUAAACUUCAAGAAACGCGGAGGGUUGAGUGAAGUUGAUUCUUCAAGACACGGAGGGGGUUCAGAGUUGAGAAGGCACGCAUCGUUUAGAGCUCGGGGACCCACAGCUCAGAUGUCGAUGUUCUGUAAUUCAGCAGCGCCCCAUACCAGCACGAGCCUGGAUUUUAGUAGGGACACAAGUGUCCAUUCACACUGGCACAGGCUUGCCUCAAAAUAUAACCGAAUAACCGAUGCCAUGUCUGUUCACUUGGGGAGAUCCAAUCCCUCUCAGAAGGAUGAUCAACCUCCUAGGAAGGAUUCUACGAUGGACUAUGCCCCAAAGAACGGCAACAUACACUACUCUGGGCCAUUAAUCCCAGCAGGGGGAAACAUAGAAGAAAUGCUCAAGGAGCAUGAGAAGCAGAUCCAAAAGGCUGUACGAAAAGCCCGUCUUGACAAAACCAAUAAGGGCCAGACAGUUUACGGCACAGAAUCUCUCUUGCAGUAUGUGGGCAAUGGGCGGUAACUUUUUUCCCGGGAAAAAAAUUUACGGAAGAGAACUAAGUUUUAGCAGUUACACCAUAUAACAAUGACUUUGAGACCGUUUCUUUUUUGCUCAUAUAUGUUGUUGCAGAAACAUGUUGUCCAGUUUUUCAUGAUCAAUCCUUCUCUGCAUGUAAAAAAGGAAAAAAAAGAUUUUAAAGAAAAAAAGGGUUGUCAU